AUAGUGAGUUGCAUAAGUCUGGGCAGGUUUUGUCAAGAUUCUGCUCAAUUGUGGAGUUAUCGUUAUCUUCCAUGCUCUCACACAGAAUCGUUGGGUCAAAAUCAGAUCCUUCGGAUGCUGCUUCCCUUUGGUUUGUGAAGUUAGGCCAAGUCAUGACUACAGUAGUGGUACAUGUGGACUCCAAAGCUGAGCUCACUACCCUGCUGGAGCAGUGGGAAAAGGACCAUGGCAGUGGGCAGGAUAUGGUACCUAUCCUUACCAGGAUGUCUGAAUUAAUUGAAAAAGAAACCGAAGAAUAUCGUAAAGGAGAUCCAGAUCCGUUUGAUGAUCGACAUCCUGGUCGAGCUGAUCCAGAGUGUAUGCUGGGCCAUUUGCUGAGAAUACUCUUCAAGAAUGAUGAUUUCAUGAAUGCACUGGUGAAUGCAUAUGUGAUGACAAGCAGAGAACCCCCUUUAAAUACUGCAGCUUGCAGACUGCUACUGGACAUCAUGCCGGGUCUAGAAACUGCAGUUGUCUUUCAAGAAAAGGAAGGAAUUGUUGAAAAUCUUUUCAAAUGGGCCCGAGAGGCUGAUCAGCCACUUAGGACAUAUUCUACUGGACUGUUGGGAGGUGCUAUGGAAAAUCAAGAUAUUGCUGCUAACUACAGAGAUGAAAACUCACAGUUGGUGGCAAUAGUGCUUAGAAGACUGAGGGAGCUCCAGCUUCAAGAAGUGGCUUUGCGGCAGGACAACAAGCGUCCAAGUCCACGGAAGCUCUCUUCGGAACCCCUUCUGCCUCUGGAUGAAGAAGCUGUGGAUAUGGACUAUGGUGACAUGGCAGUGGAUGUUGUGGAUGGAGAGCAAGAAGCUUCUAGAGAUAUGGAGAUCUCCUUUCGUCUUGAUUCAAGUCACAAGACCAGUAGUAGAGUGAACUCAGCAACUAAACCUGAGGAAGGAGGAUUAAAGAAAAACAAGUCAGCAAAGCAUGGUGACAGAGAGAACUUUAGGAAGGCCAAGCAGAAAUUAGGCUUCUCAUCUUCUGACCCAGAUCGUGUGUUUGUUGAGCUGUCUAAUAGCAGCUGGUCAGAAAUGUCCCCCUGGGUAAUCGGCACCAAUUAUACCCUCUAUCCUAUGACUCCUGCUAUUGAGCAGAGACUUAUUCUUCAGUAUUUGACCCCUCUAGGAGAGUAUCAGGAGUUACUUCCCAUAUUCAUGCAACUUGGAUCUCGAGAACUGAUGAUGUUUUAUAUUGAUCUGAAACAGACUAAUGACGUCCUGCUUACUUUUGAGGCACUCAAGCACCUAGCAUCUCUCCUGCUCCAUAACAAAUUUGCCACAGAAUUUGUUGCACAUGGUGGAGUACAGAAAUUACUGGAAAUUCCUCGUCCUUCUAUGGCGGCAACUGGUGUGUCCAUGUGCUUGUAUUACCUGUCCUACAACCAGGAUGCUAUGGAAAGAGUUUGCAUGCAUCCUCACAAUGUUCUAUCUGAUGUGGUGAACUAUACCCUAUGGUUAAUGGAAUGUUCUCAUGCUUCAGGAUGUUGCCAUGCGACUAUGUUUUUCUCAAUUUGCUUCUCAUUCCGGGCUGUCUUGGAGCUGUUUGACCGUUAUGACGGUCUUCGUCGGCUGGUGAAUUUGAUCAGUACUUUGGAGAUUUUAAAUUUGGAAGACCAGGGUGCACUUUUGAGUGAUGAUGAAAUAUUUGCUAGUCGCCAAACAGGAAAACAUACCUGCAUGGCUCUGCGCAAGUAUUUUGAGGCUCACCUGGCCAUUAAAUUGGAACAAGUCAAGCAGUCACUUCAGAGGACUGAGGGUGGUAUUCUUGUUCACCCCCAGCCUCCAUACAAGGCAUGCUCAUAUACUCAUGAGCAGAUUGUGGAAAUGAUGGAGUUUUUGAUAGAAUAUGGCCCAGCUCAGCUAUAUUGGGAACCUGCUGAAGUCUUCCUCAAGCUUUCCUGUGUGCAGCUCUUACUGCAGCUUAUUUCCAUCGCCUGCAAUUGGAAGACCUAUUAUGCAAGGAAUGACACUGUGCGCUUUGCUUUGGAUGUCCUGGCUAUUCUCACUGUGGUGCCAAAAAUCCAGCUCCAGUUGGCAGAGUCAGUGGAUGUACUGGACGAGGCUGGCUCUACUGUCUCCACUGUAGGUAUCAGCAUUAUUUUGGGAGUGGCUGAGGGUGAGUUCUUUAUCCAUGAUGCUGAAAUUCAGAAGUCAGCACUUCAAAUUAUCAUCAAUUGUGUAUGUGGCCCAGAUAACCGAAUAUCCAGUAUUGGCAAAUUUAUUUCUGGAACUCCUCGGAGAAAGCUGUCUCAGACCCCCAAAAGCAGUGAGCAUACGCUGGCCAAGAUGUGGAAUGUGGUCCAGUCCAACAAUGGCAUCAAGGUGCUUCUGUCCCUGUUGUCCAUCAAGAUGCCCAUUACAGAUGCAGACCAGAUCCGGGCCCUGGCCUGCAAGGCCCUUGUGGGCCUCUCUCGAAGUAGCACUGUUCGGCAGAUCAUCAGUAAACUUCCCCUUUUCAGUAGCUGCCAGAUUCAACAGCUGAUGAAGGAGCCUGUGCUGCAGGAUAAGCGUAGUGACCAUGUCAAGUUCUGCAAGUACGCUGCUGAGCUCAUUGAGCGUGUAUCAGGAAAGCCUCUUCUCAUUGGCACUGAUGUGUCUCUCGCACGACUGCAGAAAGCAGAUGUUGUUGCUCAGUCGAGGAUCUCCUUCCCUGAGAAAGAGCUGCUCCUGUUGAUCCGGAACCAUCUCAUUUCUAAAGGGCUUGGAGAGACAGCAACUGUGCUGACGAGAGAGGCUGACCUGCCCAUGACUGCUGCCUCACAUUCUUCUGCUUUCACCCCAGUAACUGCUGCUGCUUCUCCUGUCUCUCUUCCCCGGACCCCUCGGAUUGCCAACGGCAUUGCAAGUCGACUGGGCAGCCAUGCUGCUGUGGGUGCUUCUGCCCCUUCUGCUCCCCCGGCCCAUCCUCCACCACGCCCCCCCCAGGGUUCAUUGGCUUUGCCUGGCCCAUCGUAUGCAGGCAACUCUCCUUUGAUUGGUAGGAUCAGUUUUAUCAGAGAGAGGCCAUCACCUUGCAAUGGCAGGAAAAUUCGAGUGUUGCGGCAGAAGUCGGACCAUGGUGCAUACAGCCAGAGCCCUGCCAUAAAAAAACAAUUGGAUAGACAUCUUCCUUCCCCACCUACGCUGGACAGUAUCAUCACAGAGUAUCUUAGAGAGCAACAUGCUCGAUGCAAGAACCCCGUUGCCACCUGUCCUCCUUUUUCUCUCUUUACUCCUCAUCAGUGUCCUGAGCCAAAACAGAGGCGGCAGGCGCCAAUAAACUUUACCUCAAGGCUAAACCGCAGGGCAUCAUUUCCAAAAUAUGGAGGGGUGGAUGGUGGAUGCUUUGAUAGGCACCUUAUCUUUAGCAGAUUCCGUCCUAUUUCAGUGUUCCGGGAAGCUAAUGAGGAUGAAAGUGGCUUCACCUGUUGUGCUUUCUCGGCCCGGGAGCGCUUCCUGAUGCUUGGCACCUGCACAGGGCAGCUGAAGCUCUACAAUGUUUUUAGUGGGCAGGAAGAGGCCAGCUACAACUGUCACAAUUCUGCCAUCACACAUCUUGAACCGUCGAGGGAUGGGUCCUUACUUCUGACGUCUGCCACUUGGAGCCAGCCUUUGUCUGCACUUUGGGGGAUGAAAUCAGUAUUUGAUAUGAAGCAUUCCUUCACAGAAGAUCACUAUGUUGAGUUCAGUAAGCACUCCCAGGAUCGGGUCAUAGGCACAAAAGGAGACAUUGCCCAUAUUUAUGAUAUUCAGACUGGCAACAAGCUGUUGACUCUGUUUAACCCAGAUCUUGCCAACAACUACAAGAGGAACUGUGCCACCUUUAAUCCUACAGAUGAUCUUGUCUUAAAUGAUGGCGUCCUCUGGGAUGUCCGCUCUGCACAGGCCAUCCACAAGUUUGACAAGUUCAACAUGAAUAUCAGUGGUGUUUUCCAUCCAAACGGACUGGAAGUCAUCAUCAAUACAGAGAUUUGGGACCUUCGAACCUUUCAUCUUUUACACACUGUUCCUGCUCUGGAUCAAUGUCGUGUGGUCUUUAACCACACUGGGACAGUGAUGUAUGGAGCAAUGUUGCAGGCAGAUGAUGAAGAUGACUUACUGGAAGAGAGGAUGAAAAGCCCUUUUGGGUCAUCCUUCCGAACAUUCAAUGCAACUGAUUAUAAACCUAUAGCAACUAUUGAUGUGAAACGGAACAUCUUUGACUUGUGCACAGACACCAAAGACUGUUAUCUUGCUGUCAUUGAGAACCAAGGCAGCAUGGAUGCACUGAAUAUGGACACAGUGUGCAGGCUUUAUGAAGUGGGUAGGCAGCGUCUGGCAGAGGAUGAGGAUGAAGAGGAGGACCAGGAAGAGGAAGAACAGGAGGAAGAGGAUGAUGAAGAUGAUGAUGAUGAUACUGAUGAUUUAGAUGAAUUAGAUACUGAUCAGUUGCUGGAAGCAGAACUGGAGGAGGAUGACAACAAUGAGAAUGCAGGAGAGGAUGGAGACAAUGACUUCUCUCCCUCUGACGAGGAGUUAGCAAACCUUCUAGAGGAGGGAGAGGAGGGGGAAGAUGAAGACUCUGAUGCAGAUGAGGAAGUGGAACUGAUCCUGGGGGACAGGCUGUGUACUUAUUCCAUGAUGGGGCAGUGAAUGAGAGCAGAGCCGCUACAGUGACCGUGUCCCAACAAUCCAGAUGACACUUCCAACAGUAAAUGAGACAUACAUGUGCUAAUGUGCAUUUAAUCACCAGAGGAGCGAAGAUAUCUGGGCUUUUUUUAUUCUGUAAUGUUUCUAAGCCUGUACCCAUUAAAUACAAAGCAAAAUGGAAGGAGUCUUGGCAGAGCAGCAGGGACACCCACGUGGUCAUGAGAUGGGUUGAACAGUUACUCAAGCAGGGAGCCUGAUCUGUGCUCCAACUUUUUCUAGGUCUCGGACUUGGCUCUUUUCAUAGUAGAGCUGUACAUCCCAGUACAUCCCAGUGCUGGGGACUACUGCCUUCCAGAUCCUUUAGCUGAUCAUAGCUUGCUUGCAUGGGGAUGGUACAUUUUGGUCAUGAAACAACUUUUAAGUCCUACAUUUAUUGGGUCUUACUGGGGCAGACAGUUGACAUUUAAGUGUCUCUUUGAGGGGCUCCUGGGCAGCAGUGACCACAUGGUUAAUGUGCUUCAUCCUCAGCUAUGAAUGACACUGCCAUGACAGACACUGGCUCAGCCAGCAGUGCUUGGAUUUCCUUUAUUAUAUGGGACAGCAUGGUCAUCAUCUCAGAUCCUGAAUUUGCCCUGGUCACCUAACAUGGUUUGCUGCAUGGCCCAGGUUGGCCUCAAGUUCCCCAGUCCUUCUGUCUUCACUUCCUGAGUGCUAGAAUUACAGGCAUGUGCCACCACACCCAGCCUCAGGGUUUCCAUUCCUAAUUUGAAUAUAAACCCUCUCAAUUUUAAUUUGGUAACAGUACACCCUCCUUUUGAUAUUCUGAAAUUUCUUCUCUCAAAGCAAAGGUAAUCUGGAAAACUUUAUUGUUACUAUAUAACCUGGGUAUAAAUACUGACAUAAAAUACAUGACAUUUGGACAUUUCUGCUUGGACUCAGAGGUAGAGACGCAGAACUGUCACCUGCAGCUCGUCUUAUAUUGUACUUUCCUGUUUUAUGAGCUGUCCAUUGUGGAUGUUGCUAUCCCGUAGCGUCAGUGGAGCAGACUGUACUAAAUAAACCCCUCAUUUACAAGUA